AUGGCCGACGGACGAGGGAUGCCGCUCCUCAGCGGUCCGCCGCCCGAGUACACCGCGAACGAGCCCGCAUGUCGGAAGUGCAACAAGGAGUUCAACAUCCUCUUCACCCGAUCGCGCAAGUGCUACCACUGCGGGUACUCAUACUGCCACUCGUGCACCGACUACCAAGCACUCACGCCCCGCCAGAACGAGAACAGGUCGGACCCGAGGAACACGAAUGGAUACGAUCCAAUGCCCGUGUGCGCGUUCUGCAUAGAGAUGCUUCAAAUCACCGCGAGUGGGAAAGGGCAGCUCAAGCAACUGCCCAUGGCCAAGCUGAAGAAGUAUGCUAAAGCGUACAACAUUGAUGUCGCCGGGAUUUUGGAGAAGGACGAGUUUAUCGAUAGGCUCGUUGCGGCGAGGGGGCCUGAUGGUUGCUUACUGCGCGACAAGGAAAGCUACUACAGGAAGCAUUCAGUACCUAACCGUACAAACAAUCGACCCAGGGGCUUCUUCUCGCGGGCCAUGGACGCCUCAACUCGGCCAAGCCCUCAAUAUCAGCAAUACCAGUCGCGACAGAGGACAACCUCUGGCCCGACCAGGAUACGGCCGCCCUCCUCCUCACCACUUCUACACUCCCCCGCCCUCGAACCACCAUCCUCCACCGCCCCAGCAGCCGCGCCCGGACAACCUGCACGUCCCCCCGCAACCCGGCCGCCGCGCUCCUCGUCCGCGUCCUCGCCGCGCGGGCCGUCGCCGUCGCCCGCGCGCCCGGUCGUCGUCCCGAGCAUCGACGAGCUGCUGGCGAUGCCCGAGGACCAGCUCGCGGCGCUCUCCGUCGGCUCGCUGAAGGAGGUCCUCUUCAAGAACCACGUCACCGCGCGGAUGGUCGUCGAGAAGAGCGAGCUCGUCGCUCGCGUCAGGACGCUCGUUGAGCAGGAGCGGCGCGAGCGGGCGCGGAAGGAGGCUGAGGAGGAGGCGGAGCGCGCCGCGGAGGAAGAGGCUCGAAGGAGCGGGAGCGGGAGGGGCGGCGCAGGAGCGUGCACGGGCGGGGCCGUCACAGGCGCAUUCACCGAGCGUGGAAGAGGUGGCGGACGAGGACCGGCGGGGGCACCCUCGCCUCCGCCGUCGUCGCCACCGAAGGGCGUGCCGUCGUCCGCGCCGGCGAGCUCUAUGCCCCCGGCCGCGCAGGCGAUGGCAUCGCGGCUUGAACGCACAGGUCUGUGUGUGAUCUGUCAGGACGAGGAGGCGAAUAUCGCGAUUGUUGACUGCGGACAUCUCGCCAUGUGCCGCGCGUGUUCGGACUUGAUCAUGAACAGCACGCGCGAGUGUCCUCUCUGUCGGACGCGUAUUGUCACGGAAAGUCGGCUUCUGCGUAUAUUCAAGUCAUAG